AACGAUGCAGCAGCGACAGGGGACACACCAGCCCCCGCGGAGCAGCCACCCUACAGCCAAGGGUGCCUGGAGGAGGAGAACGAGAUAGCAAUGGCAGCGCCUUUCAAGCAGGUGGUGGUUGGGAUCUGCGCCAUGGAGAAGAAAUCCCGCUCUAAGCCCAUGAAGGAGAUCCUCUCCCGCCUGGAGGAGUUUGAGUUCCUCCGACCUGUUAUCUUUCCUGAGGACGUCAUUCUUAAGGAGCCUGUAGAAAAAUGGCCCAUUUGUGACUGCCUCAUCAGCUUCCACUCGAAGGGCUUCCCAUUGGAGAAGGCGCAGGCUUAUACAGAUCUGCGAAAGCCUUAUGUCAUCAAUAACCUCGAUAUGCAGUAUGACCUUCAGGACAGAAGAAAAGUGUACCAGAUUUUGCAAAGAGAAGGCAUUGAGCUUCCAAGAUUUGCAAUUCUAGACAGAGAUUCAAAAGAUCCUUCCAAGCGGGAGCUAAUUGAAGGUGAAGAUCAUGUAGAAGUCAAUGGCAUCAUCUUUAACAAGCCCUUCGUAGAGAAGCCUGUCUCUGCCGAGGACCACAACAUCUACAUAUACUACCCUACCUCUGCGGGUGGGGGUUCUCAGAGGCUAUUCAGGAAGGUGUGUACAUCCUCUUCAUCAUGUUUUACGUCAAUCUGCUACCAAGUUGCUGCAUCCUCAGUUCAGGGUGGUGAGAUUGGUUCAAGAAGCAGUGUUUAUUCACCAGAAAGCAGAGUAAGAAAAACUGGAUCUUAUAUAUAUGAAGAUUUUAUGCCAACAGAUGGAACAGAUGUUAAGGUAUACACAGUUGGGCCGGAUUAUGCCCAUGCAGAGGCAAGGAAAUCUCCAGCACUGGAUGGGAAAGUGGAAAGAGACAGCGAGGGAAAGGAAGUGAGAUACCCAGUAAUACUGUCCAAUGCAGAGAAGUUGAUUGCGAGAAAAGUGUGCCUUGCAUUCAAGCAGACUGUCUGUGGAUUUGAUCUGUUGAGAGCAAAUGGCAAAUCAUAUGUUUGCGAUGUGAAUGGGUUCAGCUUUGUCAAGAAUUCUAGCAAGUACUAUGAUGAUUGUGCCAAAAUCCUGGGCAACAUGGUGCUCAGGGAGUUGGCACCAACAUUCCACAUACCUUGGGCUAUUCCCUUCCAACUAGAUGAUCCACCAAUAGUGCCAACAACCUUUGGGAAAAUGAUGGAGCUCAGGUGUGUGGUGGCUGUGAUCAGACAUGGUGACAGAACACCCAAACAGAAGAUGAAAAUGGAAGUGAGACACCCUAAGUUUUUCGAACUCUUUGCCAAAUAUGAUGGCUACAAAGAUGGACACAUCAAGUUAAAGAAACCCAAGCAGCUACAAGAAGUAUUGGACAUUGCUAGAGCUCUGCUAGCGGAGAUCGAGCAGAACCGAGCAGACCCAGAAACAGAAGAGAAGAAGGGGAAGCUGGAGCAGUUGAAGAGUGUCUUGGAAAUUUUUCUAGAGGAUCUCAAGUUUCAAGAGGAACAGCUUGGCUCUAUUACGUACGGUCACUUUUCGGGCAUCAACAGAAAAGUCCAGUUGAAAUAUCAGCCACAAGGAUGGAAGAGAAGGUCCAGUAGUGAAGAAGGAGACUCCCCCAAAGAACCAUCUCUUGUUCUUAUUUUGAAGUGGGGGGGAGAAUUAACUCCCGCGGGCCGCAUUCAGGCUGAAGAACUGGGACGAAUCUUCCGCUGCAUGUAUCCAGGGGGUCAAGGUGAGUAUGCUGGAACACAAGGACUAGGUCUCCUACGUCUCCACUCAACGUACCGCCAUGUCAUAAGAAGUGAUGAGGGACGGGUCCAGAUGACGGCAGCUGCUUUUGCAAAGGGUCUACUUGCUCUGGAGGGAGAACUUACACCUAUACUUGUCCAGAUGGUUAAGAGUGCCAAUACCAAUGGACUUCUUGAUAAUGACUGUGACUGCUAUAAACAUCAGCAUAUGGUUAAGAACCGUCUCCAUGAGGCCAUGCAGCAAGAUUGCGACCUCACACAAGAGGCAAUGGAGAAGCUCAAUCCCACCAACUCAAGGUCCAUCUCGACAGCACUUGAGUUCAUCCAGAACCCAGUCAGGAUGUGUGAACAUGUUGACUCUCUUAUAAAGAAGCUCAAUGAGCGGAUAAAGAUAAGAAAAGAAGAUCAGAAGACUAAAGACUUACCCCUCUACCAUGGUGAGACUUGGGAGCUGAUGCAACGAAGAUGGACCAAACUUGAAAAAGAUUUCCGAACAAAAAACACAAACUUCGACAUUUCCAAGAUUCCUGAUAUUUAUGACUGCAUUAAGUAUGACCUUCAACAUAACCAUCACACACUGCAGUUUGAGUAUGCAGAAGAACUUUACAAGUGUGCUAAAUACUUAGCAGAUGUUGUUGUCCCUCAAGAGUAUGGCAUGACCCAGCAGGAGAAAAUGGCAAUUGGCCAGGGCAUCUGCACUCCCUUGUUGAAAAAGAUCCGAGCUGAUUUGCAGCGGAACAUCGGGGGUGAAGAGUGCGAGGGCUACCAAGGAGAGAGUAUCAACAGGCUAAAUCCAGUGUAUUCCCGUGGAGUUAGCAGCCCAGGUCGUCACGUGAGGACAAGACUCUACUUUACUAGCGAGAGUCACAUUCAUUCACUCCUUACAGUACUUAGAUUUGGUGGCCUAAUAGAUGGCAAGAAAGAUGAGCAGUGGCAUCGAGCCAUGGACUACGUAGGCGCUGUAUCAGAGCUGAAUUACCUCAGCCAGAUUGUCAUAAUGCUGUAUGAAGACCCAACUAAGGAUCCAACCUCGGAUAGCAGAUUUCAUAUAGAGCUACACUUCAGUCCAGGAGUUAACUGUUGUGUAGAUAAAAACUUGCCACCUGGACCCGGUUUCAGACCCAAGAGCAGAAAUGAACCUCCAUUAUCACCAAAGGCAGAAGAGGAAAUGAGAAGAGCCAAAGCUGCUUCGUGCAUAGAUGAGGAAAUUGACCUGCAAAGCAUUCUUGAAGAAAUGGCCGAGAAAAGGGAGACGGAGAAAAGUGAAGAUGGAUACAAGGAUAAUGAUGAUGAGGAUGACGACAAUAAUAAGGAGAUGGACAAAGACAGGUUCACUGAAAGCGUAGGAAGUGACCAGGGUAGUCUUUCACAAACACCCACUUCAUAUGUGCCAACUUUAGGACCAAAAGUAGAUCACCAGAAGGAAAUCUUUUUGACUCCUGCAACCAGUAAUGAACUAGAGAAAUAUGAAGACUUUCCAAGUGGUUCUUUACAGCCAGAAGGAUUAGAUGUACCGGACGAUGAUAUAAGAUUGGGAAAUAAAUCUGAACCGAUACUUAUUACUAACAGGUCACAUUCUGACUGUGGGCUGGUACCUGUGGAGCUGCGCAGACCCUAUCCAAUAUUACGGUCUCUGUCUGACAGUGCUGCCUCUUGCCACUGCUCUGCUGAGUCCCUGGUCCGACCCAGGUCUGUGGAGACGGAUAAUGGUCUUAACAUUGAGAGUACCUACAAGACUGAUAAAGGCAGCUCCAGCCUAGACUCUGUCAGUGAUGAAGAAAGCCUCCGUCGGCAUCGUCACAGCAUCCCAGGCCAUCUCAGCUCUUAUUUGAGCUUUCUUACAAGUCUGCAACAGAAAGCGGCAGCUAUUGUAGCACCUGCAGUCCCUGUCUUCUCCACUGCUGUUAUAUCAGGAUCUACUUCCUCUCCUGACCUUCAAGAUAACUUCACAGGUCUCUCCUUCUCAUCCAGGUCCUCCCAGAGUGAGAGUUUGGCCUCAAGACAGAGCACGCAGCUGCAUUGUAGUUCUGAUAUAGAAGGGUUAGGAGGAGUACCUCCAAUCAGGCCCCUGGAAACUCUACACAAUGCUCUGUCCUUGAAGCAGCUGGAUGCCUUCUUGGAGCACAUGGCCCUCGCACAGUUCCGCACGCCACUUUCAUCACCACCAAAGAUGCCAUCGACCCCCAAACAGUCACGAUCACAGCCCCCUCCUCUAGGGUUACAGUCCCCCUCGUCUAGUAUUGGCUGGUCUGGACCCCCCUCCUUCGUGUCGUCUUCUGGCCCCUCCUCCCCCAACCUCACCACACUGGAGUUCUUCUCACAUGUGCACCAAUGCUACGACACCUACAUGCCACCAUCAUCCUCUCCAUCACCACAGCUUCUAUUGCCCUUAAAUCUCCACUCUACCAACACUGCCAAUACAACUGCCACCGUCACUGCCAUAUCUAGUGAGCUCACUACUCACCUUUCUUCCUCUAUCACUAAAGCUUUCAGUACUACUAACUUUGUGGCACUUCCUAUGCCUCCCACUUCUACUUCAGAUAGUGGUGAAAAAACUUCUCUUACUGAUGGCGCUGUUACAGCUGCCACAGUAGUUGAUAAUUUGGCUGACAUUUCAUCAUUUUGUGAGAAGGAAGAGGCUUUAUAUACCUCCUUCUCUGAAAGUAGUGCAGGGGAAUUUUUUGACUGUGAAGGUGACAUGGGUACUGCCUCAGCAGUUCUCCCAUGGGAAGGCAGUUGUCCUGCUUCCCCCUCUGAAGGGUCAGAGAGUCUUGGGUCUCACUCUCAGACAGAGAUGGGAUCUGUUAUUGAGUGUGGAGACACAGCCACCCCAGAGACUCAUAGUGAAGCUCAAGAGCAAGAGUCUCUUAGUAGUGAGAAAUUCACUGUAGAGGAUGAGACUCUGCUGCAUAUGUGAAUUUAGGUUGUGGCUUCUGUCUUAUUACUGUUAAUUCCUGCUCUGUUUUAGGGGCUGUAAGGUAU